AUGUCGCUUAGCUUUCUCAACAGCACCAUGCGCGCUGCCGUCAUGACGGGGCCGUAUCAAGUUCAUCUUGAUCAGUUCCCAGUGCCACGCAUCAUCAAUACAACUGGCGCAGUAGUUCGGUUCACAACUUCGGCGCUUUGUGGUCCAGACCUGCACCGUUAUCAUGGCUAUAUGGGAGGGGAGCCACCGUGUGCGCUGCGCCACGAAGCUAGUAUGAACCUACUUCUCGGGCAAGAAAUACCGUUCGCCGACAUGGCUCUUAUUUCCGUCCCCUUGACCGCCGAGACCACCAACACCAGCAUCGAACAAGACUACCUGACCGUUUCCGAUGUCUUCUCCAUCGGAUGGAUUGUUGUCACUAGAUCCGGCUUUGAGCCCGGCGACACUGUUGCUGUAUUUGGCGCUGGUCCCGUGGGCCUGCUUGCUGCGUACUCCGCCAUACUUCGCGGGGCAUCUCGGGUGUACAGCGUAGACCAUGUCCCCGUGAGACUUGAGAAGGCCGCAUCCAUCGGAGCCAUGCCCAUCAACUUCAUGGACAAGGUUCCCGUACAGCAGAUUCUCGCAUACGAGCCCGGUGGUGUCAUCCGAGCCGUCGACGCCGUCGGUAUGGAAGCCAUCACUGCCAACGGUACAAUGCAGCAAAACAUCGUGCUGAAUCAGAUGGUCGAACUCGUCGCUGCAGGGGGCGGAUUUGGCCAGAUUGUAAUCUACCUGGCCCAACCAAACACUGGCUUGGCUCCGAAUGCAGAGAGAAUCACGCCGGAAGUCUCGUUUUCCCUCACCCAGUUCUCUUCGAAGGGUAUCAGAUACGAAGGUGGUAUCGCAGAUCCCGAGACUGUUGCUGGCGAGCUCGUCAACUUGAAUCCCAGAGGUAUUGCGAAACCAGGCUUCGUGGCUAGCGCAUCUAUCGACAUUGAGGAAUUCCCUGCGUACUAUGAGCGGUUGAGCAAUCAACAGGAGCUCAAGGUAUUCAUCAAGUUCCCUGGAAUAAUGAACUCGAUGACCGACUAG